AUGGAAUGGCAGAAUCUAGCGUUGGAAGCUACUACAGACACCCGAUCCGAAGAAACAAAGGUCAAGAUCCCGCUGGUGCCCACGGUGGAGUGGCCCGAGUAUGAAACCCCGCGCACAAUACUCCAAAGACCGAAGGCAACGUUGAUCCAGUGUCGGAAAGUCGAAACGAGUCAGGAUCAAGAUAUUCCUGACUGCCUACCCUCGGACGAGUCGCCGUCGGACAAAUCGCCGUCGGAUAUGCGACCGUUGGAUCUAGCGUCUGUCGCAAGUGAGGACCUGGGACAGGAGAUGACCGGUGAUCGGUUGAACGACAAGUACGUCACGUCUUUGUCGCAAAAAACGGACAAGGAUCCAUCAUCUGUUGUGGAAGAUCAACCAGGCACAUCGGAUCUGGACCUUACCAGGGACUCAGAUCAAGAUUAUGAUGAAUGCGUGUAUUACCAUGAAGGGAGUGAUCUAUACGCCGAAGACGUCGAUGGUCAGAUGGCGGUACUGCCGGAAGUACCUGUGACGACGGAAGAUGUGAGGAACGAAGAUAUCCAACUAUGCGGAUCUGAUAAUCAGACUCCCAAGGAGAUUGAUCGACUUCGUCAAAAGACCGGGAAGUUCCGACACCUCUUGAUCGGCAACGAAAAUGCCCUUAUGCCGGCAGCUAGAGGUGUGGUGUGUGAUAUCGAUGUCGGGGGAGUGAGACCCGUCGCCAUCAAGUGCCGUAAGUUGCGGAUCCAAUUCAGGGAGAAGCUGGCAGACCUGAUCAAGGGUCUACUGUCUGCCAAGAUGAUUAACUAUUCCAAAUCACCAUGGGCUUCCCCAAGCGUGGUGAUCAUUAAGAAGAAUGGGGUAGAUAUCAGGCUAUGC